CACAUCAUUGCGCGCCGCACCGACUCACUCCCGCGCGCGCCUGCAAUUCCAUCGCAGCAGCCCGCUGACUCGUCGUCCACUCGUGAACGGCGGAUGCGCAUUCCCCCAGCGCGGUGUGCGCUGUGCUCCCAGUGCGUGCUUCUCACGAGCGCGUGCAAUCGCCGAACACGAGAAAUUGUCUCUUGCACGUUGCCAGAGCUCGAGCUGCUGCGUGGGCCCGUUGUUUCAGCCCCAGGCGAGGCAACGGGGGUUCUGCAGCUCUUCUGCCAGCGCGCGUCACCUCACCAGCUCUCGCCUCCCGGUGCGUCCGCGAACGGACGAUGGCCGCGCCAAGCGUCGAGCACCACUUCAAUGGCGACGGCAAGCUGUUGACGGCCACCUCAGACCGGCGCACCGAGAUCCGGAAAGCCCUCGUCGCCCUGCAACAGGAGCUGCAACGCCUUGAAGGGCACCCUGUCCAGGUCACCUCCUCCAUCCGAUUCAAUGUGCUUGGACCCAUCCCGAAAGAACAUGUCUACACCAUCAACGUGACAGAUGCCGCCUUCAAUGCAGAUCAGUUCGCGAGGACCAGGACGCCAGCCGAGCGUCUUCCUGGCGGCUCUGCUGCUUCACCAGUGCCUUCAAAUCAUGUGAAUGGACGAAGAGCAUCGGCCGCGUCUUCGGUUCGGGGCAAUGGUGACGACGAAUCUGAGGGGCGUCCGACCAAGCGCGCACGCCUGGACGGUGAUGAUCGGAGGACUGGCAGCAUAUCCGAUUUGUCUACGGUGCAGCGAGUCGACGAAUUGACGAAUUUUGUCAAAAGCUGGCACAACGAGUGGAAAGGUCAGGGUGGCUGGCUCUUUGACGCACUCAAUGGUGUGGCAAAGACACAGAAAACUCACAAAGACCACUUUGAUCGGAAGCUCGACACCAUGCAGGACAUCCUAGGACAGUCGAUCAAUUCCGCCACUGCGACAGAGAUGGCGGAGCUGGCCAGUAUCACUAAGCUCAUACCAUGGCUCGAACAAUGCCGCAAAACCAACGCAGACAAAGUCCAAGCCAGAGAGGAGAAGUGGCGAUCAAGUAGCGCUACGUUCCAUGAUCAGACUCGGCGAGAACGAGAGGCAGCGGAGGCGAGAAUCGAGAAAAGGCUCGAUGCUCAACACCAGAUUCUGAUGAAGCUAGCCGAGUCCAAUGGCAUUGAUAUGGACGAUGAAGACGAGGAAGAUGACAAGCACAGCGAAGCGAGCCUAGGUGCGCAGUUAACUGCCGAGCUCAAUUCAGAAGCCCAACGAGCAGAGGCGGAUUCCCGGAAUUCUUCUACAAUCAACAUAGACUGAAGAAGCGGGACCGAGAGAUUUCAACUUUUGGCUUGCGAGUACCGGCGUAGAUAUCCGACUACAUGCGUGUAUGUGCAUGUGCUGGUGACCCUCCUGCAGGACCUGCUGCCAUCAAAGUGCAAAAUGGGCGCGGAGAGCGUUGUUACGGCUGACACAAAUCUCAUCUGAAAAUGCGGGACUAUGUGUCUCU